AUGCCCAAUUCAUGGAGAACUGGUGAAAAGGGCGUGCGCCAGCCACGCAUCGCUAAUUGCUCAGGGUAUCAUGGCGACGAUCCAAAGGAGAUGUUGAAGCAGGCUACGAAAGGGGACGUAGAUUUCAUCACAGGCGACUAUCUAGCUGAGAUGAAUAUUGCAAACAAUGCCCAAGCCCAUGCUCGUGGCGAACAUCCGGGCUAUGAGCAGACUGCUUGGAUGGGUAUUCAGCAAACAAUUUCAGUCAUCAAUGAAAAAAGAAUAAAAGUUGCAAUCAACGGUGGCGCCCUGAACCCGGAGGGAUUGGCUUGCAAGGUCGCAGAGCUGGUCGAAAGUAAGGGUUACGACCUCAAAGUCGCCUACGUAUCAGGGGACAAUGUCCUAUCAAAGAUCUCUAAGAUUAUGCCUGGUUCUGAAGAUGAGUGUCUGCCCCACUUGGACUCCGAUAACAAGCACGUCCACCGGAGCCAAGAGACAUAUCUCUUCACACGCAUGCAGAAUCGCCCUGAGAUUGUCUCAGCAAACGCCUAUACAGGUGCCCGAGCAAUUGUCAAGGCGUUUGAAGAAGGAGCCGACAUAGUCAUUUGUGGACGCGCGUCAGAUGCGAGUCCAGUCAUUGCGGCUGCGUGGUAUUGGUGGGGCUGGUCUUCUUCCGAUUACGACGCUCUAGCGGGCGCUCUUGUCGCCGGACACUUGAUCGAAUGCUCAGCAUAUGUUACGGGUGUAAAUUUUGCAGGAUUUGAUCGCUACGACAUGGAAAACUUCAUUGACCCCGGUUUCCCCAUUGCGGAGAUUGCCAGAGAUGGUAGCUGUGUGAUUACGAAGCAUCCAAAUACGGGUGGCAUGGUCACUGUGGACACAUGCAAAUCCCAGCUGGUCUAUGAGUUGCAAGGUAACAUCUAUCUGAACAGUGACGUCAAGGCCUAUCUUGACGAUAUUGAGAUGCAGGAAAUUGGUAAGGACAGGGUCCAAGUCCGCGGGGUGCGAGGUGCUCCUCCACCUCCGACUACAAAGCUUGCGAUAUUCUAUAAAGGAGGAUACGAGAUGCAAUUACUGGUGAAUGCCACUGGAUAUGCGGUUGAACAAAAGUUCAAUUUAUUCAAACGCCAAAUCGAGUACUUCGUGGGUAAAGACAAUCUAGACAAACUUGACACAUUCGAUUUACAAUGUAUUGGAAACCCUGGUUCAGAUCCCAGGAAUCAGAACGAGAGUACUGUGUAUUUUAGAGUUUUUGCCCAGGCCGGAGAUGCUGCGACACUUGAUCCACUAAGAAAGUUGUUACUCAAGAUCUCUCUCAAACAUUUCCAUGGAUAUCAUAGUUCGCUUGAUCAUCGAACAUCGAUCCCGCGUCCCUACCUGGCCUACUAUCCAGCUUUAUGGUCUCAGAGCAAGAUAAAUGAAAGCGUCCAUUUUGUGAAUAAAACCGGUACUUUUUCAAGUAUACCAUGUGUACCUCUCAGCAAAUCUGAGCCACUGGAACAGAGGGCAUCAUACGACACUUCGGAUCCUAUUGAGCUUACUGGUCCGUUCCGAAAACUUCGAUUGGGAGACGUCGCUCUUGCCCGCUCAGGCGACAAGGGGGCUAAUCUCAACUUCGGUGUCUUUGUCGACUGCAAAGAAAAAUGGGAUUGGUUGAGAACAUAUCUAUCACGAGCUAAAGUGAGCGCAAUGCUUGAACAAGAUAUGCAACCUGAUUACAGCAUUGAGCGGGUUGAGUUCCCCAAAUUGUACGCCGUGCAUUUUGUUGUGUAUGGCAUUCUUGGAAGAGGCGUUAGCAGUUCUAAGCGCUUGGAUCCGUUGGCAAAAGGUUUCGCGGAUUACUUCCGGGACAAACUGGUUGAUUAUCCCGCGAGCCUUAUUCGACUUGAGGCUCGAUCAAACCCGCAUCUCUAG